AUGCCCAUCGUAUACUCGUUGGACGCACUGACCCCGGUCUUUCACAGUUCUGCGUUGAAGCCAGGGUCCAGAAAUGACGUGUUGAUCAUGAUACCUGGAAACCCCGGGUUGGUAAACUACUAUGUGCCGUAUCUUGAACUCAUCCAAACAGCCUUGCCCCAGUUUGAAAUGUAUGGGAUUGGGUAUCUUGGGUACCUCCCACCCAAGAACAACGAACCCCAGACCAUUUAUGGCGUCGAGAAGCAAAUCGAGCACAAAUAUCUCAUCAUCAAGAAGAUCAUUGAACAAUACCACCACUCUGGCGAGUUUGGUACCAGUGGUCCCAACUUGUACUUUCUAUCGCAUUCGCUUGGGUCAUACGUGACACAACGCACGAUAUUGAGAUUGCUACAGGACGAGCACCUAACCGACAAGUUCCAGAUCCGGUUCAACGGCAUGAUCACCCCGACGAUAUACGACAUUGCCAGCUCAGACUCGGGCACCGCAUUCAUCCGCUUGAUGCAAUGGCGCGUGCCCGUCGUCGCCACUGCGCUAACCAUCUCGCUGCUCCUAGCCUUUAUUCCAACCAGUGUCCAGAAAUGGAUCUUGAAUAACCACUUUAAAGAUCCGCAUCUGGACUUGCUUCUUGAUAAUGGGCCCGGUCAAAAUUACGCCUUGGACUACGCGGUGCAGACCACGUUUGAGCUACUUAAUAACCCCACCGCAAUUAACCAAAGCUUGCAUAUGGCCAAGGAGGAAAUGAGCGUGAUUGACAAGUCUGACGUGGUGAACGAUUGGUGCUUUACGGAGCCGCAGGUGCCGUUCAAGAAUUGGAUUUUUUUUGCCCAGAGCGACCAUUGGGUUUCCGAUGGCACCAGGGAUGUUUUGUUGGGUAAAUAUGAUAAUAGUGGUGAAGAUGUAGUAGGAGAGGGAGGAAAGAAAAAUUUAUUUGAAAUUUGCCAGAAUACGAAAAAGCCUAUUAAGCAUGCUUUUUGUAUAAACCAAACGGAGGAGUUUGCCGAGAUUACUGUUGAUCGGAUGAAAUCUAUGUGUCCCGAGUUGCGUAGCUAG